GUCACCGGCAUCCAAUUGGAGCGCCCGCAACACGAUUAAACGAUGGCGGUACGUGGAUAAGUCAGGAUAUCCAGCGGUUUAAUUGUUUUCUCUCCUCGUAAGCGAAGGCCUUGGUCGUACACAAUGACUCGGCUGUCUUCAUCGGCCAGAUCACGCACGUUAGCCGGUUACCUUACCUCCAUUCUGGUCGUGGACUGCCUCCAAAUUGCCUCGAGCGUUUUCUUGCUGCCCACUCCCCUCACCGGAAUCCUGUGCACACCCGUCGUCCUCUACAUGCUCUUCAGCCGGGCGGGAGUUCUGGCCUCGCUGAGCUGCGCCGCCUGGAUCGCCCUGGUACUCUUGCUGCCCGUUCCGCUCUCCGCACUCCAGAAGAAACUAUGGGUGCGUGCUCUGCGAGCCCGCGACGAGCGACUGCAGCUCAUGUCGGACCUGCUGUCUUCCGUUCGCCUGGUGAAGAUGCACGCCUGGGAGGAUGUCCACCGGGACAGAGUGGAACGUGCCAGAAACGCCGAGGUGGCGCUCAUGUUCCGCAUCAAUCUGCUGGAUGGUCUCAUCGACUCCCUCUACAGCGCCAACAGUUCUCUGCUGAUGAUCAUCCUGUUUGGAGCACUGACGAUCCUGGACCCCACACGGAGUCUGACUCCCGGAGCGUCAUUCACUUGCGUGUACCUGCUCUUCGUCACAGACCUCGUGAACGUCGCCGCUUCCACCUUCCUCCGGCAAAGGAGCCAGGGCUCGGUGGGGCUUUCAAGGAUUGCGAAGUUUAGUAAUGAAGAGGAGCAGGACGAGAAGUGGAUGGUUCGAGAAAGUUACCUGAACAUAGGCACCGUGGUCCUGGAAGACUGUUCAUUCGCUCAGUGCAAGAACAAGGACGGCUCUGCAACCACCAUCCUGGAGGGCGUCAGACUGGGCGUGGAACCCGGCUCUCUUGUCGGGGUCGUGGGGUUCGUGGGAGCUGGGAAGUCCACUCUGCUGGCCGCCAUCUGCGGGGACCUGCACUGCCUGAGUGGCGUCGUCAACGUCAGGGGCCGGGUCGCACUCGUGCCCCAGUUGCCGUGUGUGCACAACAUGACUGUCCGUGACAACAUACUCUACGGCGAGCAGAUGGAAGAAGACCGCUACCUCUGCGUGCUUCGAGCCUGUCAGCUCCUGGACGACCUGUCCAGCUUCACAGCUGGGGACCUCACCGAAAUAGGCGAGAAGGGGGAGACUCUAAGUGGCGGUCAAAUGCAAAGGAUCGCCUUGGCCCGUGCCGCUUACAGCCCUCGCGACAUCUACCUGCUCGACGAUCCCUUGAGCGCUGUAGACAGUAAAGUUGCUGAUCGAGUUUUCCACGAUGUCCUCGGACCAGAGGGAUUACUAAGAGAUAAGACCCGGAUCCUGGUAACUAACCAGGGGUCUUUGCUGAGACAUGUGGAUACAAUUCUAGUGGUGCACGACAAAAACGUGACGCCCUUCUACAGCCUAGCCGACCUGUCAGACGACGCCAGAGUGCCAGAGACGAUACGACGGGACCUCGAUGCCUCUGCGUCACCGAAAGCGCCGAGUGAUUACAGUGCCACCGAGAAAAAAGAAGUACAGGAAGAAGAAUACGAUCGUCUGAUGAAUCAAGAAACAGUCGGCUUCAAAACUCGCUCCUCUUUGAAGCUGACCUGGGCGGUGUUGAAGCUGUCGGGACUCUGGGUUCCGGCAUCCCUGCUUGCCUUCGCGGGAAGCGGAGUUGCCUUCACUUGGCAGCUGCUGUGGAUGAAGGAGUGGAGGAACGCUCAAUCGGCAGCGUCUACCGUCGACGGAUCUCGGAACGUCGAGUGGGUUCUGGUUCUGGUGGCCCUCUGUUUGUCCGAUGUGGUGCUUCGAGGCGUUGCCAGUGCUAUGAUGGCGGCCAGCACCCGGCGGCUCUCGCUGUCGCUGCACAGCAAAAUGCUGAACGCCGUCCUGCUCAGCCCGGUGUCCUUCUUCGACACGACACCGAGGGGUCGCGUCCUGAACCGUUUCUCCCUCGACCUGGACGACAUCGAUGGCCGAAUGUGCCUGAGCGGAAAGCAGUGCGUCCAGAACACCUUCCACAUGAUUGCCAGGCUCGUCGUUGUGGGACUCCAGGUGCCUAUUGUCUUGGUCGUCGGAGCUGCCGGGGCCUUGGUGCUUGGCGUGGCUCUGUUUGUCGCUGUGAGGAUAUCGCACGGCUCUCGUUUCCUCGAGAGCGUCCGUACGUCUCGCAUGCUGCAGCACCUGACGGAGACGAUGGACUGCCUGGGUACCGUCCGUGCCUUCGGCGUGGUGGAUCGUUUCUGCGCCCACUUCUGCCGCUUGACCGACUGGAACCUGCGCGCGUACUGGACGUUCAGCUGCUGCUACCGUUUCGUCAGGCUCGCCUCGUCCGCCGUCGUCCUGGUCGUGGUGCUGGUCACGGCGGUCUUCAUGGUCUUCUUUGCACCCUCCGAUGUGCAUGGAGACACCGACGCCGGGUCAAUGGGACUGGCGCUUAGCGCUGUGCUUACGAUUCCGAUUAGCAUGAUGGCCCUAUCGCUCAUGUUGUUCUCGUAUCUUCAGUCGGUGGUCUGUUUUGAACGCACUUUGGAGUACACAAACCUCGAACCAGAAGUUGAUGUUUUCGAGGAUGCAAACCCAGAAAAACCCUUCGGGAGGACGUCUCUCAAAGGAGAGUUACCGGCGGUUCGUGAGGUUCAGUGGCGUUCGAAGGGGCGUGUCACGUUUGAAAACUACAGUGCGUCGUUCAGGCCGGGGAUACUACCCGAUGUCCUGAAGGGAAUAACGUUCACCAUUGAGCCGCAUGAAAAGGUGGGCGUUGUAGGGCGCACCGGUGCCGGCAAGUCCUCACUCGUCCUUGCGCUGCUCCGCGUGCUGAGGGGCUCGGGCGGAUCCAUACGCAUGGACGGCGUGGACAUCAACCGCAUUCCGCUCAGAGAUUUACGCAGAGCCAUCACCGUUAUUCCACAGGACCCGAGCCUGAUUCGAGGCAGCCUGAGGGACAACCUGGAUCCGACUGGAUCGCACACCGACGACGAAAUCUGGGAGGCACUCGGGCGGGUCCAUUUGGAUCACCUGGUGCGCGGAAACCCGAAGGGGCUCCAGUUGGACACCGGAGAAGCGGGAGCCAAUCUCAGCGUCGGACAACGGCAGUUGGCCUGCCUGGCACGCGCUUUGGUCCGGAGUCCUCGUCUGCUCAUUCUGGACGAGGCCACGUCCAAGAUGGACGGGGACACGGACCGCCUGAUCCAGAGGACCCUUCGGGAGAUCUUCGGCACGUGCACCAUCCUCACCAUCGCGCACCGCAUCAGUACCCUGCUCGAUUACGACAAGAUCCUGGUUUUGGGGGAAGGUAGGGUCCUGGAAUUCGGACCCAUCGCAGCACUCCUCAGCCGACCGAGCUCGCACUUCCGGAGGAUGGCCUACGAAGCCGGGGUGUUGCCGUCCGCUUACCACCCCGAGGAAUCGUACACAACUCACCUUUAGUGUUUCCACCGCUGUCAUUGACGACGAAAUGUGCGUCAUCAGCAGCACUUAGACGAAGAUGAGACAGAGCAGGAGAGCUGGUUGGUGUUCGUACGCUAGACACGGAUAUGCGGAGGCCAUUCCAAUAGCCGCCUUCUGCACGGUUCUAACUUUGCGCAAUGGGCCGCGGAACGUGCUCUGGGCAUGGGCAGUACACCCGCCGGCGAUAUGAAGGUGAACACCUUACCUGGUUUCUUGGCUGUUUUACGGCUUCCUAAAGCUAUAUUAACUCUCAACGUCUCAAAUGGUACGUGGCAUGGGGUCUAAACUUUGCGUUCUAGCCCUCUUCUGGAACAGAGCUUGUUCCAAAACUUGCAGGAGCGUCAAAAACAAGAAGAGGGCUCUUCACCUUCAUAUCGCUCACGGGUGUACCUUCUACGAAAUAUGGUGCACCUGCUUUCUCGCUAAGCACUGGGCGAGCCUAUCGCUGCAAUCUAAAGGGAGCUCGGCUAAUAACUAAAGUUGUAAAUGACUUAAGAAAUAACUAAACGGCUUGCGCUGUCACACCGAGCAUGGUGAAACAUCACGCUCAGUGUAACGUUACGGGUGUUUUUGCUUUUUUAAGGUCCAAGUGCUUUGCGGAAAAGUAGACUCAUUAGAUAUCUUUAAGUGUAGCCCUCUUCUUUGGAAUACCAGACACUGCUCAUGCAUCCACUGUCCAAUGACACGGCACAUUUCGUCUGUGCAAAAAGCUCUGGAAAGUUGGAUUCGAGGCUAAAUACAAAGAUUAUGUAAGGUUAAAAAAAUAAAAAGACUAACA